AAAAAACUAAUAUUCCAAAAAUAUAAAUUUGUCAUAUAAUGUAACAUGAUGAUACAACGUUAGGAAAAGACACAUAUCAUAGAAGGUUUGAAGCAUCUUCAUAAAUCAGUGAUCAAAAUUACAUUUUUAAUCACAACACUAUACAAAGUUUCAAUGGAUUCAACUGGGUUGCAAUUGAAAUUGCAAUUGCAAAUGAAAUCACAAAUAUCAAACAGUUUUCUUCAAUCUUCUCCUACCCUUUUCACCAACAACUCAAAUUUCAUCACUUUCACCAAAAAGUCUACUCCUUUUUCCACAAUCAUGGCUUCUUCAGCUACAUCUACAGCAAAACCAAUUGCAUAUGGUUUCAAAACAUUGUUAGAAACUUUCACUGUUGAUGUUCAUAGAGCAGAGAAUAGGCCAUUGAAUGUGCCCUUAAUUGCCCCUUUUACUAUUGCUUCUUCAAAAUUGGAGAAAGUAGAAAAUGUUGCAAUUAGAGUUGAAUUGAGUAAUGGUGCUGUAGGGUGGGGUGAAGCACCGAUUUUGCCUUUUGUUACUGCUGAGGAUCAAAACAUUGCUAUGGUUAAGGCUUCUGAGGCAUGUGAAUUCUUGUUGAAAUGUCCUGCAUUAACAUUGGGUUCUAUGUUGAGUGAGAUUGGUGAUAUUCUUCCUGGUCAUCAAUUUGCUUCAGUUAGGGCCGGAGUGGAGAUGGCACUAAUCGAUGCGGUUGCUAAUAGUAUCCGUGUGCCAUUGUGGAGGCUAUUUGGUGGAGCUUCAAAUACCAUAGUCACCGAUAUAACAAUCCCAAUUGUUUCUUCAGCUGAAGCAGCUGCAUUGGCUUCUAAGUACUAUAACGAAGGAUUCAAGACUUUAAAACUGAAAGUUGGCAAGAAUCUGAAAGCAGAUAUAGAAGUGCUUCAAGCUAUACGUGGUGCACACCCUGAGUGUCAGUUUAUUCUCGAUGCUAACGAAGGGUAUAACUCUGACGAAGCAGUGGAAGUUCUUCAGAAAUUACACGAAAUGGGGUUGACCCCUAUUCUAUUUGAGCAACCAGUUCAUAGAGAUGAUUGGGAUGGUCUUGGAUAUGUGAGUAACAUAGCAAGAGAAAGAUAUGGAGUAUCUGUUGCAGCUGAUGAGAGCUGCAGAAGUUUAGUUGAUGUUUACAGAAUAGUGGAAGGGAAUAUUGUAGAUGUCAUUAACAUAAAGCUUGCAAAAGUUGGAGUUAUAGGUGCAUUGGAUAUUGUUGAAAAAGCAAGAGCAGCAGGCUUGGAUUUGAUGAUUGGUGGUAUGGUUGAGACAAGACUGGCUAUGGGAUUUGCUGGUCACCUUGCUGCUGGCCUAGGAUGUUUUAAGUUUAUUGACCUAGACACACCACUUCUGCUAUCAGAAGAUCCAGUUCUGGAAGGUUAUGAAGUUUCAGGUGCCACUUAUAAGUUCACAAAUGCUAGGGGACAUGGUGGAUUCCUUCAUUGGGACAAUCUUGUUUAGCCAGAGUUAUGGUUUCCUUGCACAUUAGAACUCCACUUUAAUAAACAGAGGCAGGAACUACUUGUCUCAAAAUGUAUUGUGUACAAAAUACAAUCAUUGUCUUCACUUGGGAAAAGAGAAUGUUGGAGAGAAAUUAGUAUACUUUAAAGAGCGACUAAGUUUACUACAGUAUUGCUUUUUUUACAAUGAAAAACAGUUCUAAUAGUAGUCAAGAUUUGAUUGGAGCAGUAACAUGCAUAAGACUUGGAAGGUACUGCAAUCACAAUAAUAAUUUCUAUGCUUAGUUAUAAAAACGCCAGUCCUGCUUGAGACACAACGAAAUUCCAGAAUAUCUCUUCAUCUUAUGUUAAAACUGAAAACAAUACCACCUACUGCAUAAUCAAACAUUAUGCAGCAUGUAUCUACUUGUUUUAAAAUAAUCAAUCUACAUACUUUGUUUUAA